GGAGGAAGAUGGCGGGAGGGCGGCUCUGAGGAGACCUCGGCGGCGGCGGAGGAGGAGAGAAGCGCAGCGCCGCGCCGCGCCGGGGCCCAUGUGGGGAGGAGUCGGAGUCGCUGUUGCCGCCGCCGCCGCCGCCUGUAGCUGUUGGACCCGAGUGGGAGUAAGAGGGAAACGGCAGGAUGAAGUUCGCCGAGCACCUCUCUGCGCACAUCACUCCCGAGUGGAGGAAGCAAUACAUCCAGUAUGAGGCUUUCAAGGAUAUGCUUUAUUCAGCUCAGGACCAGGCACCUUCUGUGGAAGUUACGGAUGAAGACACAGUAAAGAGAUAUUUUGCCAAGUUUGAAGAAAAAUUUUUCCAAACCUGUGAAAAGGAACUUGCCAAAAUCAACACAUUUUAUUCAGAGAAGCUUGCAGAGGCUCAGCGCAGAUUUGCUACACUUCAGAAUGAGCUACAGUCAUCACUGGAUGCGCAGAAAGAAACCACUGGUGUUACCACACUGCGACAAAGAAGAAAGCCAGUCUUCCACUUGUCCCAUGAAGAACGGGUCCAACACAGGAAUAUUAAAGACCUUAAACUGGCCUUCAGUGAGUUCUACCUCAGUCUUAUCCUGCUGCAGAACUAUCAGAAUCUGAAUUUUACAGGGUUUCGAAAAAUUCUUAAAAAGCAUGACAAGAUCCUGGAAACAUCUCGUGGAGCAGAUUGGCGAGUAGCUCAUGUAGAAGUAGCCCCAUUUUAUACAUGCAAGAAAAUCAACCAGCUCAUCUCUGAAACUGAGGCUGUAGUGACCAAUGAACUUGAAGAUGGUGACAGACAGAAGGCUAUGAAAAGAUUACGUGUUCCUCCUUUGGGAGCUGCGCAGCCUGCACCAGCAUGGACUACUUUUAGAGUUGGCCUAUUUUGUGGAAUAUUCAUCGUAUUGAAUGUUACCCUUGUGCUUGCCGCUGUAUUUAAACUUGAAAGAGACAGAAGUGUGUGGCCCUUGAUAAGAAUCUAUCGGGGUGGUUUUCUUCUGAUUGAAUUCCUUUUUCUACUGGGCAUCAACACCUAUGGUUGGCGACAGGCUGGAGUAAAUCACGUGCUUAUCUUUGAACUUAAUCCAAGAAGCAAUUUGUCCCAUCAGCAUCUCUUUGAGAUUGCUGGAUUCCUUGGAAUACUGUGGUGCCUGAGCCUUCUGGCAUGCUUCUUUGCUCCGAUUAGUGUCAUCCCCACAUAUGUCUACCCACUUGUCCUUUAUGGAUUUAUGGUUUUCUUUCUUAUCAACCCCACCAAAACUUUCUAUUACAAAUCCCGGUUUUGGCUGCUUAAACUGCUGUUUCGAGUAUUUACAGCCCCCUUCCAUAAAGUAGGCUUUGCUGAUUUCUGGCUGGCUGAUCAGCUGAACAGCCUGUCAGUGAUACUGAUGGACCUGGAAUAUAUGAUUUGUUUCUACAGUUUUGAACUCAAAUGGGAUGAAAAUGAAGGCCUGUUGCCAGAUGAUUCAAAAGCACAAAAUCAUCCAGAUAGUACAGUGUUCUUUUACCUGUGGAUUGUCUUUUUCAUCAUCAGUUCCUGCUAUACCCUCAUCUGGGAUCUGAAGAUGGACUGGGGUCUCUUUGACAAGAAUGCUGGAGAAAACACUUUUCUCCGAGAAGAGAUUGUCUACCCCCAGAAAGCCUAUUACUACUGUGCCAUUGUUGAGGACGUGAUACUGCGCUUUGCUUGGACUAUCCAGAUUUCAGUCACCACCACGACUACGUUGCCUCAUUCUGGGGACAUCAUUUCUACUGUCUUGGCUCCCCUUGAGGUGUUCCGGCGAUUUGUGUGGAACUUCUUCCGUCUGGAGAAUGAACAUCUGAAUAACUGUGGUGAAUUCCGUGCUGUACGAGACAUAUCUGUGGCCCCUCUAAACGCAGAUGAUCAGACACUUCUGGAGCAGAUGAUGGACCAGGAAGAUGGAGUGCGAAAUCGCCAGAAGAACCGGCCAUGGAAGUACAGCCAGAGCGUAUCCCUGCGCCGGCCCCGCCUGGCUUCUCAAUCCAAGGCUCGUGACACUAAAGUAUUGAUAGAAGACACAGACGAUGAAGCUAACACUUGAAUUCUCAGAAGUCUAGAUUAACAUCCUUGGUUUUCAUUCUCUUCAAUUCCUUCCUCGACCAACGCAACCUCUAGUACCUUUCCAUCUGAAAACAUAACACAUUUCCGAGCUCUUCCAGAUCGGAUCCUAUGGACUCCAAACAAGCUCACUGUGUUUAUUUUUCUUUUCUUCUGGUUUAAUUUUAAUUUUCUAUUUUUGAAACAAAUAUUUACUUCAUUUUGCCAAUCAGAGAACAUUUUAAGGAACAAAAAACAUAGUAUCCUAUGGAUUGUUUACAAUCACAAGGAGACAGAUACCUAUCAGGAUGAAGAACAGGACACAAGGACCUUCUGAUGGGACAGUACCGAGAUGUCUCGGCUUCAGCUUGGCCCGGUUUUGACUGGUUGAAACCAGACAUUGGUUUUUAAAAUUUUUUUGUCAGUUUAUGUGGAGAAUUUUUUUCCUUUCCUUCAUACCCAGCGCACAGGCACUGGCCGCACUUGCAGGGAAAGUGCAACUUGGAGCAGUACCUUCAUUCAUGAAGCUACUUUUUAAUUUGAUGUAACUUUUCUUAUUUUGGGGAGGGUUGCUGGGUGGGUGGGAAAUAUGAUGUAUUUGUUACAUAUAGUUUUCUCAUUAUUUAUGAAACUUAACCAUAAGAGAAUGAUAUAACUCCUGUGCAAUGAAGGUGAUAAUGGUGAGAGAUGACGGGAAGCUGAUGGUGGAACGGCACUUGUGAGGGUUCACUCCCACAGUACCUCUUUCAUGAGACAACUUGCACCAGUCUGACUUUUUCUUUUCAUUUCUUUUUAAUUUUAAACCAAAGUUUCUGUUACUGAGUAUUCUUUUUUUUUUUUUAGUUGCUGCUAUUGCUUUACAAUCUUAAGCCUAUUUCCCAUAGCACACUUUCACACAACUGGUUUGAAUUUACAUAAAAGGUUCUGAUACUUUUUUUUCCAUUAAGUACAAAUAUGGAAUAAAAAAAAAUAUGGAAUACAUUUACCCACAUCCAGUCAUAACAACUGAAGUUACGUGUUUUCAUGCUUAAGUUUGGGGGUGGGGGAGGAAUUGUAGUGAAACCUUUGCAGACUCUGAAUUAGCAGACAAAACGAUUUCAGAAACUUUAGAAACACCCUAAUUUUUCUUCUGGGCUCACUCAUUUGAGCCAUAUUUUGAUCAAAUUAAAAGCCUGUUGUGGAGAAAUCUUAUUUUUGAGCUCAUAGAACAAAUUAUCCUUUCUCUUUCACAGUAUAUUAAUAAAACAGACCUUGGCAGCCAUUUCACUCAGCAGCUUUAAGGAUAGAGCAUUGUAUUCCAUUUUUCUCUCAUGGGGGGAAAAUCCCUGCUUUUCAAUUUUUAGGGUCUUAACUUGGUAAUGUAGGAAAAGUAUUAUUUCUUAGAAAUUUCAUCCUGUCAUAGUCUGUGCACAGUGCCCAUUUGUUAACCCUUUGUUGUUUUAUUUUUCCACUUUGUUCCAGAGUCAUCCAAAUAAGUCAUAAAGCCUAAAGGGAUUGUACUUUUUUAUAAUAUGGUUAUAAUUAAAUUUAGAGUUUCAUUAACUAAGAACAUGAGUACCAGGGGGAGAAAAUAUUUUCAUCUUCCCCCUAAAUCCAGAUGAUGAUUU